AUGCAAAGCAGGGGGCUGGGGCUCGAUGGCGCGGAUGCGCUCUGCCGAUUCGCCCCGACGGUUAUGAUUGGCACCAUCGCGCAUGCGGCAGGGGCCAAAGCAAUCCGUUCCCUCGUCGAGUCUGUCGUGACGCGCGGGGGAUAUCGCCCCGCCAGCCAGCCAGCACCGCAUCGCAUCGCCUCGCCUUGCCACGUCCCUUGCCCCCUCCCCUCCCCCCUCCCCCCUCCCCUGGCAGCUCAGCAAAGCAGCGAAUCGCAGCCCCCUCUGAAAGCGAGCGAGAUGGCACGAGGGGCAAGAAGCCCCCGACGACGGGAAAGCAAGCGGGCCUUCCAUCCAUCCACCCCUCGUACCCCCUCCCGAGGGCGAGACGCGACAGCGCGAGCCCUAGGGAAAGGGGACGGGGAAGAAAAGAAGCGGUGCGCCGGGAGGCAGCAGACAGAGGAAAAGAACAAGUGUUAG